GUCACGCUGCAACUGCGCCUCUCGACUCCAUCCUUUUUCUCAUUCUCCUCUCAUCUUUUUUUUUGUCUUUCUUUUUUUUUUUUUUUUUUUUUUUUUGAAACGAGCACCGCUGUUUAUUCACACGUCCCGCAGAACAAGCAGCGUCGGACAGUCCAGCGAGCUUCCAACACAUUUUUUAAACCGCCACUUUCCAGCUCGAUCCUUCUGCUCAUUCAAUGGCUCUGUGCGCGCUGCUGCUCUGCGCUCUGGUCGGAGUCCUGCGUGGCCAAGAGCAAAUCACCAUAGAGGACUGCUGUAAAGAUGGCCAGAAGCGUGGCAACGAUAACGAAGACUGUGCCGCCCUUCCGCUCAUUUCGGGGUCAGCCACAUGCAGGAUAGUGCAGGAGCAGUGCUGUGUAACGGUGCUUGAAGAUAACAUGUGCACCACUGGUAUCAACAUGGCCAAAGACCAGAGUGCCUGCGAUUCUUUAUUCACCAACACCUGCGAGACCAAGACUACAAAGAUGUGCUGUGACUGUUGUCUCCUGGGGAAGGCAGCCCAGGAGAAUGGCAUAUCCUGCGACCACAACCUGUCCGUGGGCUACCAGUGCAGCCUGGUGUCCCGGGCCUGCUGUGUGGAUGGAGCCUCGGACAAUCAGACAGCACCCACACCCCAAACUGAAUUGCUAAACCAGGAUGACAAUACGGAACAUCCAGCGCCAAGCGAUGAGUGCAGUGGGAAAUGUGCUCAUCGCUGUGCGGGGAAUGACACUUGUGCCUGUUUCACUGGAUAUAAACUCAAACCAGAUGGAAAGAGCUGUGAGGAUAUCAAUGAGUGUUUGCUGGGAGCCAGCAACUGUCGGGCCGGAGAGCGUUGUAUCAACACAGAGGGCUCAUUCCGUUGCCAGAGAGAGGUCAGCUGUGGGACUGGCUAUGAGCUCACUGACAGCAACAACUGCAAAGAUAUUGAUGAGUGCGAUACCGGAAUCCAUAACUGUGGGCCGGAGUUUGAGUGCCAAAACACCCAGGGCUCCUUCCGUUGUCUCCCCAAGGUUAAGUGUGGGGCUGGCUUCAUCCAGGACGCCCUCGGGAACUGCAUCGAUAUCAAUGAGUUUCUCUGUGCAGAUUUGAAUGAGUGUGAGAGCAACCCGUGUAGUCAAGAGUGUGCCAACGUGUAUGGCUCCUACCAGUGUUACUGUCGCCGUGGUUACCAGCUCAGUGACAUCGAUGGCAUGACUUGUGAAGAUAUCGAUGAGUGUGCCCUCCCCACUGGAGGCCAUAUCUGCUCCUAUCGCUGUCACAACACCCCUGGUAGCUUCCACUGUUCUUGUCCGACCAGUGGCUACACCUUGGCAGUAAACGGACGCAGCUGCCAGGAUAUUGAUGAAUGCUUGACGGGAAGACACACAUGCACAGAGAAUCAGAGCUGCUUCAAUGUACAAGGAGGAUUCAGAUGUCUGUCUUUUGAAUGUCCAAGCAACUACCGGCGUGUUGGAGAGACAGUGGCGAGGCUUGAACGCUCUGACACCAUUCGCUGCAUGAAGUCCUGUCAGUCCACUGACAUCGCCUGUGUUCUGGACCCCACGCACUCAAUAUCCCACACCUUCAUUUCCUUGCCCACCUUCAGAGAGUUCACAAGGCCAGAAGAGAUUGUUUUCCUGAGAACAACGGUGCCAGCUUACGGGACCUAUCACUUAGGCAGUUACGACGUCAAGUUUGACAUCUUGGAGGGCAACGUGGAGAAUGCCUUCGACAUCAUCAAGCGAGUAGAGCAUGGAAUGUAUGUGGGUGUUGUUCGCCAGGUGAAGCCUCUGAUUGGUCCAAUGACGACAAUACUGAAACUGUCCAUGCGCAACCUGACAGGUCAAGGCGACUCUGGCCAGAACAUCAUCAACGUUCACAUGUUUGUGUCGGAGUAUUGGUUCUGAGAGUCCGAGCACCACAUUUUACCACAUGUAUUAAGACAUUCACUGUCAACACUGUACACAUUGGUUUUGUUAUAUCAAUGCAUAAAUCAGUGUCAAGGUUUUCUCUUUAUGUUCCGACAAUGUUAUAACGUUUGACGGUUGCUGAGAUGAAAGGUUACUGGCUGCUUCUGGUAAGAGCAUUACGCUUUGUUUCGAUGACAAGCUCAGCCUCAAGUGCACAGAUAUGGAGAAACUUUAUGUUAUUAACAGUCAUCAAGACCUUUAUUAAAUUGAAUGUGCAUGCAUUUUGAGAGGUUGUUAAAGGGUAUGGUGAUUAAAUUCAAUAAUAUUCUUUUCAUGGCAUACAGUAUAAGCCUUUGUUUUUGUAACAUCCACUUUUCCUUUCUUACUGUGUGCAUUGGAUGAGGUUUUUUUUCUAUGGAAUAAACACUAUUUUAGUUACAGUA